AUGUCUGAGGAAAUUCCUGAAUAUGUUAAUUUAGAAGAAAAGGAUACUUGCACAGUUUGUACUAAAAACAAGACCGUUAAAAAUUUAAUAAAUACAGAUAAUGAAGUUGAAAAUUUAAUAAAUACGGAUAAUGAAGUUGAAAAUUUAAUGAAUAUAGAUAAUGACAAAAACUCUGAUACUACCACGAUAAUACCUACUACGUUCACGAUGCCUAUGGCAUUUACACCUAAUACACUUACGACGCCUAUACCGUCUAUUAUGCCUAUAGUAUCUACAACACCUACUACACCCACUAUACCUAUAACAUCUGCCGUAUUUAUAUCUACAGCGUCUACUAUACCUUUAGCAUUUACUACGUUUCUAGUAUCUACUUCUACUACAUCUUUAGUAUCCGCUACAUCCAUGAUACCUUUUACACCUGUAGUAUCUGUUAUAUCAUCCUUUACUGAACCUACAUCUACAGAACCUACUUAUACUGAAUCUAUGUAUGUUGAACCUACAUAUACUGAAUCUAUAUAUAACGAAUCUACAUAUACUGAAUCUAUCGUAUCAGUAGCAUCUACUUCGUCCGUUUCAUCUGUAAUAAGAAAAUAUAAAAAUUUUAAAGGAAUUUUUAAGCAAUUAAAAACUCCUAUUGAUGAUAUAUCCGAAGUUAUUAGUAGUAGUGAAGAUGACACAACAAGUGUUGUUGAGAAAAAUGAUAUAACAUCAGGUUUGAUUUUACUAUAUAAUAAAGCAAAUCGUAAUAAAGAAUGUGCAAAACAUGCAAACCAAGCUGAAAUAUUAUCCUGGUAUCAUUAUGCUGAAGGGUUUGAAAAAGAA